UAGUCUCAUGCCAAUGUUAUUCAUGAUAGUGUCAUAGUGUGUAGAUAUAUAUAAGACCGUUAGCCGACGUCGUCUAAUGAAUUAUAAAAAAUAACGUACUGCGAGUAAGAAACCAGCACCAUAAUCAAAAAUGUUGAAGCUAUUGUUUUUUAUUACCAUUAUUAUUCUGAUUAACUGUGCUAAAUAUCUGAUUUCGGCUGAAAGUGAUCACGAAGGGGAGCGAGCAUGUUUCUACCGUAAUGUAAAGCCCAUCAAUAAAGUCACACAUGCGGGACACUUGCCACUUUUAACAGCUUCCAAGCUACAGGCGAUGUUAGAUGGUGUAAAUAAAUCUAUUGAAAUGUUGUCGAGCGUUGAACCAAAUUCAAAAGCUCUUAGAACCCUUGAAAGUCUAAAGAUUUCACUUUCGUUUCGACUGGCGAAUGAGCUUUAUAAACCAGAAAAUUCAGAAGAACAAAAUAAUGUACAAAUGAUUAAAAGAACGACAGUUUUUGAUUAGUUAAAUCACACAUCAUUUCUAUAUCUAUCAAGUAUUAUUUUAUGCGCUCAUAAUAUAUUGUAGAUUAUUUAACAGUGGUAGACAAAAAGUUAAUGGAAGGAACAAUGGUUUUGUAGAAUUAGUAAAAAUAAAUUAUAGUAUCUAUGUAAAAUAUAUUUAAGACAUAUAAAAAAAUAAUAUCACGAAAUUUAUUGAUAGAAGAGAAGGUAGGAUUAUGGUCCAGUUUCACUGCGAAUCUCAAAUGUGGAAAUGUUUAAAACACUACGAUUUGCAAUGCUUUAAUAUAGUCUAUUCGUUUAUUAUGCGAACACCGUGGUUCUUCCAUCAGCUAAUCCACAAAUAUAUGAAAAAAUAACUUAUCGGCAAUAAAGAGAAACUUCGAAAAGUGAAAAUUGAUGAUAAGUUAAUAGAGUAAAAUGUAAUGAAUAAAAACAA